UCAUAAAACAGCUAAUCCGUGCCAUUUGCCAUACACUUCUUUUGCUUAUUUACAAGCAACAAACAGUACGAAACAUGCCCUUGCGCCUGCUGAAAACAGGAGAGGCCUUCCACCGCCAUAUCUCUAAGGAAUUGCGUUUUUUCCCGCGCUCUGUUCGCCCUCCGUUGAUGGUAAAUCAUAACAUCGUGCGUCCAUACUCAAAUUCGGGCGACGAAAUCCCAGACUUUUCGAAGUACCGCACAAAAUCCAGAUCAGAUGCUCCUCGCGUGUUUUCCUAUGUAAUGGUUGGGGCCCUAGGCGCCCUGACGGCUGCCGGAGCUCAAGCAACAGUUCAUGACUUUCUAUCCAGUUGGUCAGCUUCCGCAGAUGUGCUUGCUAUGUCCAAAGUAGAAGUAGACUUGAAGAAAAUUCCCGAGGGUAAAAACCUCAUUAUUAAAUGGCACGGAAAACCAGUCUUUAUUCGUCACCGAACAGCUGCUGAAAUUGAAGAAGCAAACUCAGUCGACAUCUCAACUCUUCGGGAUCCUCAGCCAGAUUCUGCUCGUGUACAAAAGCCAGAAUGGCUUGUGAUGAUUGGAGUUUGUACGCAUCUUGGUUGUGUGCCUAUUGGAAACGCCGGUGACUAUGGCGGAUGGUUCUGUCCUUGCCAUGGUUCUCAUUACGAUAUUUCCGGCCGUGUUCGCCAGGGACCAGCACCGACAAACUUGGAGAUUCCUCCUUACCAACUAAAUGAAGAUGGAACAAUAAUUAUUGGGUAAGGAGUCGUUCAAUUCGUGUUAUCUCGCAUCGAAACACUUCGUUGAAAACUUUUGCCGUCGCAAUACAAAAACUGAGUAGUUUUCGUUUAUUUGCUGUUUAACUGGUGCGGGACAGCAGCCAUUUACAACAUCUUUUGGAAGAAUCGGUGGUGCCCCUUUUGGCUUUCGCUCUGUUGAUGGAUUCUCUAUAAUUGAAACAUCCAUUCAUUUUUUCUUGCAACUCUCUCCGACCAGAAAUCGCCGCAGCUUGCUUUCAACAGCUCCCAUUUUGCCAUUAGAAGAAAGCGGAAACAUCUCUCUUAAUGACUUCACUUGUCUCAUGUCUGUACAUUUAUUGCACUGUCUCAAAGAUCUAUGCUCGCACUCCUUGGGUGUAUAUAACUCGCACGUCUUUCAUAUUAUCGGGCCUCUUAACGCUCAUGAACACGGUUUUAGUGUGUACGCGGAAUCGAGUAAGCUGGUUGAGUAUAGAUGAGAGAGUACGGAAGAUUGAUGUUGAGUAAGAAGUAGUAAUAAGGAUCGGGUAGAGAGAA